UUCUUUUUACGCUUUUGUUUCUGAAUCUGAUAGUUUAUAGCUUGGAUUUAGUUGUAGUUUCAUUUUCUACAUGAAUCUGAUAUGCUGAGUUUUGUUUUUGUGUGCUGUUUAGUUCUGUUCGUGCAGUAGAACUGCUGAAAUUUUGUUUUCUUUAUUUGAUAUCAGCAUUUCUGUUUUAACCUUCUAUCCAUUGAUAAUUUAGUUGGAGUUAUAGAAUAGAGAAUUUGUAGUGUGAUGAGUUAGAUGUGAAGUUAAGCUCUUGCAUGUUUUGGUUCUGUAGUUAAUUAUAUUGAAUUCUGCAACUUGGUUCCCAAUUGGUCAAUUCAAGUAGUUAAGUGCAUUCAGUUCAGAUUAGUUUCUAAUAACCAAAGGUUAGUUCUUAAGUUUGUCUAGGAAUAAGUUAGAAUCUGUGGUUUACAUAAGUGAAGUUUGGUUGAAUUCCAUUUGAUGCAAAUGUGGUUUAAGUGUUUCAUUCCUAGCUUGUUUUAAAAUUCAUUGCUGUAAAAUUAACUAUUGCCAGCAAGUUCAAUUUUGUUCUCUUUUGAAUUUUAAUACCAAACCCCCCAUUUUACAUCUAGAAACCCCAAAAAGAGUGUUCUUAAUCCAAGACAAGCAUGUUUCUAGCAUAAUCCUUGAAAAAUUCGACUCGGGCCUUAUACUAAAACAUUUCCUUGUGUAGUUGUGGGUUUUCUAUCAUAACAUUAAUUUGGGAGUUUAUUUGUGACAUCGAUUUUGAUAGCUACCAAAUUUUGGCGUCGCUACCGGGGAACUUUAAACUUUGCUAGAUUUGUUGUUUGUUUUGGAUUGUGAAUAAUUUUCUCAGCUUUAGUUUGCUGAUUUUUCUGAUUUUAUUGACUAUCUACUGAAUUUUGAUCGUUUAUUGGCUUGCAUGACUAGGUCUUCCUUUGCAACAUUGCUUGAACUUGACCCGGAGAUUGAGAGAACCUUUUGGGCUUUAAGGAGACAAGCUAGGUCAACAGCAACUUGUGAGAGCAAAAUUUCAGAGAUGGAUAAUCAGAUAACAGAAGGGGAUCGAACUAUGAAAGAGCUUCCAGCACCAGAUGUGGCUUAUAAGUACUCAUGCAUCACUUAUCCCGAUUUGGCAGGAGAUUUUGAACUCAGAUCAGUACUUAUUCAUCUGCUUCCCAAAUUUCAAGGCUUAUCAGGAGAGGAUCCCAACCGCCAUCUACAUGAAUUCCAUGUGGUUUGUUCCACCAUGAAGCCACAGGGGAUUUCAGAAGAAGACAUUAAGUUGAGGGCUUUUCCAUUCUCUUUGACGGGAGCAGCUAAAGACUGGUUAUAUUGCCUUCCAGCUGGAUACAUUACAAGUUGGAUUAAUAUGAAGAAAGCCUUUUUGGAGAAAUUUUUCCCAGCUUCUAGGACUGCAACUAUCAGGAAGAGCAUUUGUGGUAUUCAACAAGUAGUGGGAGAGACUCUUUAUGAUUAUUGGGAGAGAUUCAAGAAGCUGUGUUCGAGUUGUCCACAACAUCAAAUUAGUGACCAGCUCCUUGUUCAAUAUUUUUAUGAGGGUUUACUUCCCAUGGAUAGGAGCAUGAUAGAUGCAGCAGCUGGAGGAGCCUUAGUGAAUAAGACUCCAAAUCAAGCAAGAGAGCUAAUUUCAAAUAUGGCGGAAAACUCACAGCAAUUUGGGAGUAGAGCUCUUGGUACUAGAGUGGUUAAUGAAACUCAUUUGGUUUCAAUUGAACAACAAGAAAUUAGGAACAAUUUGCAAGAAUUGACUUCUCUAGUAAAGCAAAUGGUGUUGCAAAAUUCGAGUCAUGUUUCAAAUUUUCCUUUACCAAUGAUGAAGUUGUGUGGAAUUUGUUCAAGCCAAGAUCACUCUUCGGAUCAUUGUCCUAAUCUACAUCAAGAUGAAUCCGUUGCAGUUAUUUCAAGACCUCAAUUUCAGCAACACAAAUAUGAUCCCAACUCUUCAACUUACAAUCCGAGAUGGAGGGAUCACCCUAAUUUGGGGUAUGGGAAUGCAUUUUAUCAACAACAACCACAAGGGCAGAUUCAUCAGCCAUAUUAUCAGCAUCAACAAAAUCAGCAUCAUUACCAGAAUCGUCCAGCAAGUCAUUCACAGCAAUUUCAACAACAGCAGCCUCAAUUUCAGCAAAACUUCAGCCAAAAUCAACAAUUUCAACCAUUCCAGAAUUUUCAGCAUUCAAAUGUUGCAAGUCAGCCAUAGUUUUAGAAUUCCCAGAAUCAGCACACACAUUUCUAGCAUGUUCAACAACCUGUGCAGAAUUUCCAGCAGCCAAGUAGUGCAAAUCAGCACCAAUCUCAGCUUGCACUGCCUUCUUCUACAAGCCCGAGAUCAACGCAACCUCAACAAAACUUUAGCAGCUCAAAAAUUGAGGAUUUGAUGUAGCAAGUGCUUCAACAGCAUCAGCAGAUGAUGCAACAACAGCAACAUCAGCAAAGGACUGAUACAGCACUGCAAAACAUUGAAAGGCAGAUUGGGCAGCUGGCUAGUAAUAUUAAUCAGAUGCAAAAUCAAGGAUCUGGACAAUUGCCUUCACAACCGACUCCAAAUCCUAAAGGAAAUGUGAGUGCAUUAACUCUUCGAAGUGGUAAAACAAUUUUAGACUCAAAUCUGAAUUUUUCAGCAGGAGCACAGCAGAAUAUUUCCAAGCCAUUUGCAGCUUCGAGUUCACAGAAUUUCCAGAAUUUUCCAGCAAAUUCAGAGCAGCCAGAUUCUGUAUAGCAUGGGAUUACUGGAGCUGAUCAGCAACAUUUCAAUCAACCGAAAGUUUCAGAUUCUGAUCAAAUUGAUGGAGCAAAUUUCGGCUUGGAAUUUACUCCAACAGCAGCUUCGAAUUCAGCUCCAAAUUCAGCACAGAAUCUGGAAAAUUCUGCACAGAAUCUGGAAAUUCUGCACAGAAUCUGGACAACAAUAUUAACCGGCAAGGAGUUGAGCCUUCCAUUCCGUUACCUUUCCCUCAAAGAAGUGUACAACCAAGAAAAGAAAUGGAGGAAGAAAAGGCUAGGGAAUAUCAAGAAUUGGUGAAAUUAUUCAGCAAGGUUGAAGUGAAUGUGCCUUUGCUUACUAUGAUCAAGCAAAUUCCAAAAUAUGCCAAAUUCCUCAACGAUCUUUGUGUGCACAAAAAGAAAUUGAAGGGAAAUGAAUUGAUAAGUAUGGGAAAGAAUGUUUCAGCAUUACUUCAGCCAGUUCCUCAGAAGUAUGAAGAUCCAGGAGUUUUCACCGUGCCUUGUGUUAUAGGCGAUUGUGUUUUUGAGGAUGCGAUGUUAGAUCUUGGAGCUUCUAUUAAUGUGAUGCCUAAAUCAGUUUUUCAGUCAUUAAGAAUUGGACCGUUGCAGCCUACAGGUGUAGUGAUUCAGUUGGCUAAUCGAAGUCAGGCACACCCAGCUGGAGUGAUAGAAGAUGUAUUGGUAAAAGUGAGGGAGUUAAUUUUUCCUGCAGAUUUUUACAUCUUAGACAUGGAGGGUGAUGUGCUUGCGAACAGGGCUCCGCUUAUUCUUGGACGUCCAUUCUUGAAGACUGCUAGAACCAAGAUAGAUGUACAUGCAGGAACUCUUUCUAUGGAGAUAGGAGACACAGUAGUUCAUUUCAGCAUUUUUGAGGCUAUGAAGCAUCCUAGAGAGGAUCAUUCUAUACUUAGCGUGGAUAUCUCGGAGGAGUUGGAUGGCAUGGAGUUUUUGUCAGAUAUUGAUUCAGACUUAGAGGUUUCUGAUUUUGGUAUGGAGAAUAAAUUCGUUGCAUUGUUGGAGGAUAUUUUAGAUGUGGAAUCUGAUGUUAACUUAAAUGAAUGCGUAGGGGAUUGUUUAGGAGAAGCAUUACCCCUAGGAUCGCUCAGAGAGGAAGAGGUAUGUGUAGGGGAUUGCUCAGUAGCACUACCCCUAGAAUCACCUACUAUUGACCAGACAUAGGAGGAAUUGAAGCCAUUACCUCAGCAUUUGAAGUAUGCCUAUUUGGGAGAGAAUCAGCAGCUACCUGUCAUCAUAGCUCAGAAUUUGGAACCGGAUCAGGAGGAACGAUUGUUAGAGAUUCUGAGACAGCAUAGGAAGGCCAUUGGAUGGACUCUGGCAGACAUUCCUGGGAUCAGUCCUUCCAUUUGUAUGCAUAAGAUUCACUUAGAGGAGGAUGUGAGACCAGUGAGACAGCCACAGAGACGACUGAACCCAUUAAUCUUGGAUGUUGUAAAGAAGGAGGUGACUAGACUCUUACAGGCCGGCAUCAUUUAUCCGAUUUCUGACAGUAAAUGGGUAAGUAUCAUCCAUGUGGUUCCGAAGAAGUCAGGGGUGACAGUGGUAGCUAAUGAAGAGAACGAACUGGUGCCCAUGAGAGUGAAGAAUUCUUGGAGAGUAUGUGUGGACUACAGGAAGCUAAACCAAGCAAGCCGAAAGGAUCAUUAUCCACUUCCUUUUAUUGAUCAGAUGUUAGAGCGGUUGGCAGGUAAAUCCCAUUAUUGUUUUCUUGACGGUUAUACUAGUUAUUUUCAGAUUUGCAUCGACCCAGAGGACCAGGAGAAGACUACCUUCACCUGCCCUUUCGGUACAUUCGCAUAUCGUAGGAUGCCAUUUGGACUAUGCAACGCUCCAGGUACUUUUCAGCGAUGCAUGGUGAGUAUUUUUGGUGAUUUAUUAGAGCAUUGCAUGGAAGUAUUCAUGGAUGAUUUUUUUUGUUUAUGGCUCUUCUUUUGAUGCAUGUUUGGAAAACUUGUCUCGAGUUUUGAGUAGAUGUAUCGACACGGAUUUGGUGUUAAAUUUUGAAAAGUGUCACUUUAUGGUAGAGCAUGGUAUUGUUUUAGGUCAUAUAGUCUCUAGGAAGGGCAUUGAAGUAGAUCCUGCUAAAGUUAGCGUUAUAUCUUCUUUAUCUUACCCCACAUGCGUGCGGGAGGUGCGAGCUUUUCUUGGUCAUGCAGGAUUCUACAGGAGAUUUAUUAGAGACUUCAGUAAGAUUGUUCUACCAUUGUCUCAGCUACUUCAGAAGGAUGUUUUGUUUGAUUUCGAUCAGAGGUGCAGAGAGGCUUUUGACAGAUUGAAGGAGGCUCUUACUUCAGCACCUAUUAUCAGACCCCCAGACUGGUCCUUACCUUUCGAGUUGAUGUGUGAUGCUUCAGAUUAUGCAGUGGGAGUUGUACUAGCACAGAGAGUGGAUGGAGCACCACAUGCUAUUUGCUACGCUUCCAAGACUUUGGACUCAACUCAACUUUGAAGUAUCUCCUCAAGAAGCCUGAUGCAAAGCCUAGAUUAAUCAGAUGGAUGCUUCUGCUUCAAGAAUUCGACGUAGAGAUACGUGAUAGGAGCGGGAAGGAGAACUUGGUUGCAGAUCACUUGAGCAGGAUCGAAGGAGACUUGGACCAUUCGGCUAUUGACGACGAUUUCAGGGAUGAGCAGCUUUUACAGUUGCAGGGUGAGUCUCCAUGGUAUGCGGAUCUAGUGAAUUUCUUAGUUGCACAUGUUUAUCCCAAACAAUCUUCGAAAGCUCAAAGAGAUAAAUUAAAAAGUGAUUCAAAAUUCUAUGUUUGGGAUGAUCCUUAUUUGUGGAAGUUUUGUAGUGAUCAGAUCAUUAGGAGAUGCAUACCUGACUUUGAGUUUCAGUCUGUACUUACUUUUUGUCAUUCUUUUGAGUGUGGAGGACAUUUUGGACUACAAAGAACUGCUAGGAAAGUUUUAGAAUGUGGUUUGUAUUGGCCUACCCUCUUUCGUGAUGCUUAUGCUUUUUAUCGAUCAUGUGAUAGGUGUCAACGAACUGGGAACAUAGGACUUAGAAAUGAAAUGCCUCAACAAUUCAUAUUAUUUUGUGAGAUUUUUGAUGUUUGGGGUAUUGACUUUAUGGGUCCAUUUCCUGCCUCUUUCGGUUUUGCUUACAUUUUAUUGGCAGUUGAUUAUGUUUCCAAAAUGGGUAGAGGUCAUUCCCACUCAGACUGAUGACUCUUCUGUUGUUGUUAGCUUUGUCAGGUCUCACAUAUUUUGCAGGUUUGGAGUACCCAAGGCGAUCAUAAGUGAUCAAGGGUCUCAUUUUUGUAACAGACACAUGAAGGCUUUGCUACAUAAGUACGGGGUUACACAUAAAGUUUCUACAUCCUAUCAUCCUCAAACAAAUGGGCAAGUAGAAGUGUCUAACAGGGAGGUGAAAUCAAUUCUUGAAAAGACUGUGAGACCAGAUAGGAAGGAUUGGAGCAAAAGACUUGAAGAUGCACUAUGGGCUUAUAGGACUGCUUUCAAGACCCCUAUAGGAAUGUCUCCAUACAGGAUUGUGUAUGGAAAAGCUUGCCAUUUACCCGUGGAGAUUGAGCAUAGGGUGUAUUGGGCGGUUAAAGCAUGCAAUCUUGAUAGUGAAACGGUUGGAGAAGAAAGGAAAUUGCAACUUCAAGAACUUGAAGAGAUUAGAUUGGAAGCUUAUGAGAACUCACGAAUUUAUAAAGAAAAGACCAAGAGAUUUCAUGACAAACAAAUUGAGGUGAAAGACUUCCAAAUUGGUGACAAAGUACUUUUAUAUCGAUCUCGUCUCAAAUUGAUUAAAGGUAAGUUGAGAUCUAGAUGGGAAUGACCUUAUUGUGUUACUAAUGAUUUCUUUUAUGGAGUGGUUGAGAUCCAGAAUAUGUCUACUGGCCGGAUUUUUAAAGUUAAUGGACAAAGGCUUAAAAAGUUUCAUGAAGGAGUUAAGGGCUUGGUGGUGGAGGAAAUGGAACAUGUUGAUGCUAUCUAUCUGAGUUAGAGGGGAGUUUCACUUUAUCUUUUGUUUCUUUGCAAAUGAAUAAAUUUUAGAUUUUAGUAGUUUUUCUUAUUUGUUUAGGAAAAGUUUCGGUUACAUUUAGAAUUUUCUUGCAUAAAUAAAUUUUGAGUCUCAUUAGUAGUUUUUAUUUUUGCAUAGUUAUUGUUUUGGAAUUUAGGUUUUAUGUUCAUGAAAAUUACCAUUUCUUUGAGUUUGAUAGUCUUUGUUUUAGGAAUAAAUGGUACUUCCUUCUUUUGACAAUUCUUUGUAUCAUUUUUAGAGAUUUGAAAAGGAAUGCUAAAUUUGAUUAUCAUGUUUAAAGACUUUAUGGCAUGAUUGAACUCUAAGAUUGCAAGAGGUUGAUACUAGUGAUGGAUUCUUGAUUGAUGGAAUGGAUGAUAACUUUUAUUUACCUAGUGAGGUUUGAGCCUAUUUUGAGUGAUGCACUUGUAGCUUAUUUCACUCUAGAACUUGCUUCGAAUCUGAUUUAUACCUCUAGAGCAGUGUUGAGUCAUUUUUAUGAUAUUUACUCCAUUAUCACAUUGCCCUCACCUAUUUUUGCUAUUUCUCUUGUCAUGAAUCAUCAUAUCUUUAUUCUUUUCUCAUGUUUUAUUUCUUUGGAUGUGGUUAACUUGGAUGAUAUGUGAUUAUUUUAUUUGGCCGGGACGGACAAAUGAGUAAGUGUGGGGGAGGUGUUUAGUUUGAAAUUGGAGUUCUUUUGUGCUGGAAUCAGAAAUGUACUAAGCUGGAAAGAGGAAGCACAGUGGAAGUUGGCUGAGUGUUUGUUCCAAUUUUUGAUACAUUUGAAUGCGAGAUGAAGUAUUGGAUCAUAUUGGAAUGUAGAAAUUUAAAUGCAGUGCUGAAAUUUUGUAUCAGUUUGUAUCAAGAUUCAGAAUGCAAGAUUUAGAUGAGUGGUAGCUUAGUUGAAAUUGAAGAAUAUGCUGAAACAAAUGGUAUGCUUGUCUUUCAUGGCAUCUGUAAAUAAGGAAAGAUGAUUUAAGUACAGCAUGAUUUCAUAACAGAAUCUAGACAGUAGAAUUUAGUUCAUUUGUAGCUGGGAAAUGUGAUCACAAUGGACUUUAAUGGAGAAUUCAAUUGGUGGCAAUAAUUUCAUCAAAGAAGCACUUGAAUGGAGUAUCAAUUACCUUGAAAACUUGAAGGAAAAGGGCAUCAAUUGGUACCUUAAACAGUGAGGACAUGCUGGAAUCAGAAUGGAAUUUACAGGAUUUCAAGAGCUGAGUAUCAAGAGUGUGCAACCUUUUCGUUAUCAGCUUUGAAACCCUUGAGAAUGAAUUGAAAUUCCUUUAUUUCUAUGCAGAAAAUUGUGUUUACUUUCUUUCCAUUCUUUACAAAUGAAAACUGAAUUCUGAAGUUGCAGUAACUUGCUAAAAUUCUAGAUUUUUAGUAACUUUAUAAGUGAUGUUAUUGGCUAAAACAAGAUGGAAAUCAAGCUAUUGUUUAAUUAAGUGAUUGUGAAGCUUUAUGGAAAUAAUUGUUGAAGUUUGAAGUUGGAAAGCAGUAACAUCGGAUGAAGAAAUUAAGAGUUAAACCUGAAGUUCAGAAUUUUGUGUGAAGUUUUGAAAGAGUUAAGAGCUUUGCAAAUUCAGAAAUUUUGGAAUGAAUGGAGUAUCAAGAAUUCAGUAAUGAUCUCUAGGAUAAGUGAAGCUCAGAUGAAGUGCUGAAACACGAAGUAACAAAUGGGACGUUAGCAUGAACAACUUCUACAAAGAUUCAAGUCAAUUAUUGAAAUCUGAAAAUAGCAUGACACUUGAUGGUACUUGAAAGGCUGCAUUUGGUUGAAUGAGAAGAAUGAAAGAAGACAUUGAUGGUUGUUGGUUUGUAAAGUGAUAUUCAAUCCAAGAAAUAGAGUGUCAGAUCUGAAAUUGAGCAAGGAAAACAAAGAGGAGGAUUGCUGAAAUGACAUGAAUAAGUAUAGUGCAGAAAUUCAGAAAGUGCAUAUUUGAAGGAAAAUGGCAGUUUUGUGCCAAAUUGGAAUGAGAAUUGUGAUGAGCCAGAGCUGCUGGAAAUUGGAAGGUCUUAGGAUAUGUAUUGUAGAGGGUCUGUAGAGACAAUAUGAAGGAGUAUUGAAAAUUUCUUGUGGCUAAACAUGUUAGAUUGAUACAAAGUUCAGCACUAAGACAAACUGAAAUCAGAGGUUGAACACAAACUGAACUAAAUUGUAGCCUGAGUUCGGGCUGUUUGUAGCAGGUGAAAGCUCAAAGUGAAGCUGAAAUUUCGUGCUACUGAAAAAGAUAAGGUUAAGUAUGAAUGCAGUCAAGUGUAGAGAGAUGUGCAGACAAACUGAAAUCAGAGCAUCCUGCUUUGGGGAAACAGAACAGUCUUGUGCCAAGGAGAAAUCUGCUGGUUAAUGUCAAAAUUUCUGGUUAUGCGAAUCUGAAAUGAAUGGAACUUAAACUAUCACUAUUCAUCAGCAAAUGAAAUAUCUUCAAAGGUCUACUAGCUAGGGAAACUGGGCUGGAAUGACUUAAAACAAAAUCAGAAAUUGAAAGGCAGAUUCAUGUUUCUAUAGCACAGAAACUAUUAAUUAUCAGAAUUUCAAUGUGUUUUUAAGGAAUGGAUGAAACUCGGAUCAUGUGAUGAAUCAAAUCAAAGAACUACAUAUUCGAUUAAAGAUUUUGAAGAACCUGCAAUUAGAGAUUUGCAGAAACAGGAUUUUAGUGCCAAAGGAAACAAGAGGAAGAUGUGAAGAGAAAUGAAGGAAAAAAAAUGGAAGGCUGUAUAAUCUACACUAUAAAUGAAGUGGAGUAAAAGGAAGAGUUAAAUUAGAGUGCUUGCAACACCAAAUCAGUAACAAGAAGCAGUGGGAGGAAGAAAUGUAGAAUUUCAUGCUUGGUCGAAAUUGAACAUCACAUAGCAUUCUAGUUCAUGUCUUCCACCUCAAAUUGAAACUUAUUUUCUUCUUUGCUUGAUCAGAAUUAAUUCUUCCAUUUACAUCCUAAUUUGUUUUUCUUUCCAAUGGUUGUGAAUUUUCAUGAUUAUGCAUCUUGAUAUUGUGAUGGAGGUUAAAUUAGAUGAAAAGCAAGCUUAUGGUAGUGGAUUUGCUAUGAGUAGCUUGAGUGCCCUCCACCUUUGCAAGAUUUGAGAUUAGUAAGAGAGCCACUUCAAAUUACCUUGUGAGGAUUAAAAAAGUUAUCAUUCUCAUUUUAUUCUUGAUGGAUGAAUUUACUAAGUAUUGAACCAAGGUAAAAAUAGAGGUCAUGAAUGUGUGAGUCAAUGAAACUUGAUACUUACUUGUAACUUCCUUUUACUUUCUUUUAGAUAUGAUCAAGAAUAGUUAAGAGAAGGAGGUACCAUCUUAGUUGUUAUUUUAGUGGGCUCACUUGCACGAGGCGUGCAAGAAUAAGUGUGGGGGAUUUGAUAAGCUAUAAAGUGACACAUUAAUUUUGGGUUAAUAUUUGGUAUUCUUUAUAUAUUUGCACAUGUUUAAUUCCAAUUUUGAUCAUGUUUCCCCAAACAAGGUUUUUAUGAGCUUUAUGAUGUUUUUUCAUCUUAUGCAUGAUUUAUUUCUCAUUAUGUGAAUUUGGUCUUGUAGGGUACUAAUUGGUUCAUGAUUCAAGUGGAGGCAUGGUUCACUCAACCAAAUGGAGCCCAAAACCCUAACUGACCCAAUUGAGCUUGGAUUCGAGUCAAACCCCAGCUAGACCAAACCCUAGGUAUAAAAGGGAAUUUUUGGCACGGUGAACAGUGAGCUUGCGCUACUGUUCAUCGUGCCAGAUUCUUGACGAUGCGGUCGUGACUCCUCCCUUCUUCUAGAUCUUCGAAUCAAGUUGUCAUCAUCAAAGUGGAGUUCCUCAGCUUCCAGCAACCGGUUUCCGACCUUCAGCGGAUCUCCAGCGAGCAUUUUUGUGGGCGAAAUACUGUAGCUGCGGGGCGCGAUUUUCAGCUCAGACCAGCGGUGUUCUUCUGGUCUAGGUUUCCAUUCCUUCACGGGAUUAUCGGCGGUGGUCCUCCAGUGAUUAUGAACCCUUUCCGACAGCACCUCAACGUUCCUAGCUUCAUUUCUCAGCUCACGAUUCCAGUUCAGAAAAUGCAGCAACGUGCAGUGGAGAAUCAUUUCAGAAACUGACAACGUUGAAGAUUUGUGAGCUGGUACAAGUGAAUCUGAGGUUGUCUUGAAGCUUGAGGACACCUAAUCGAUCUCUGUUGGAGUGUUCUCUACAGGUUCUUUGUGUGACAACAAAGAGAAGACAAAUUGAUUUCAGAUUUGAGUUGUAGGGAUGUUAGAUUUUCUUUGCAGUUUGUUUCUAGCUUAGGUUUCCUUGUUUUUAUGCUUUUGUUUCUGAAUCUGAUAGUUUAUAGCUUGGAUUUAGUUGUAGUUUCAUUUUCUACAUGAAUCUGAUAUGCUGAGUUUUGUUUU